GGGACGUCGCCUGAGGAGAGAAGAGAGGAGAGAGGGUGAAGGCCGGCGCAAAAUGGCGGAAGGGGGCGAAGUGGAAGCCAGAGAAAUGAUCCUGGAGGAUUUCUUUAUGAUGGAUGAAGAACCUGUGGUUGACAAAACAGCUGAAGAGGAUGAAAUUGAUCUUUAUAUUAACUUGACAUUCACCUCAUCAGCUUACAUAGAUGAGAAUGGGGCAAAAGUCCUGGUUAUAGAUCCAGAGCAGGCUCCUAUGGGUGAACUUGAGGAGGUGAUGGUAUCAGCUGCUGGUGAAGAGCAGUCCAAAGCUGUGGAAGAGGAGAAAUCUAAAGCUACAGAUACAGAGCCAAUGCUAGAAGAUGUGGCAGAUAAUGGAAGUCCUCACACUGAGCCGCAGCUUGUCUGUGAUGCCAUGGAGGAAGAAGAAGCAGCCAUGGCUGAGCAGGAAGAGGAUCAUAUAAGUGAAGAAACAGAAGAACGAAAUGACCUGGGAGACCCAGCAGUCAUGAGAGCUGUGCGUGGCCAGUCUACAUUAGAGAGAGAGGAUUCGUCUGUCCUUGACAGUAGAAUGGCAGACAGUCUUCAAGAUUAUUCUACUGAUUACUUGACAGCUUCAAAAUCUGGUAUGUGGAGUCCUACUCUGAGAAGAGUCCCAUCACUUUCUAUGAUGGAGGCAAUGGAGAGGGCAUCCAUGUCCCAGGUUGAUCUAGAUUUUCUGGCCUCACCAGUACAGUCAAGCUAUCCAGAUUCCUCUGGUCUUGAGCGUUCAGUCUUACGUGGAAGAACUGUCAAGCCUUCUUCUCAACGUUUCAUGCGACAGCAAUCUCCCAUGAUGCCAGGCUCUGUAAGAUCACCUUACCCUUUCACACCACCCCGCAGAACACGUCGUACAUUUGGUCUGAAUCAGACAUCGGGUUAUGCUUCUCCACCUCCAUUUAGACCCUUCUUUUCAAAUAUCAAUAGCCCAACCUGGUCUCUGACUCACAUACCUGAUGUUCCAUCCUUCAGUCCAUCAACAGGCAGCCAACAGAAGUUCAGUUUACCCAGUGCCCUGACACAGCUGCACCCUCUACAUCAGCGGAUCCUGACUCAAAGACAACGGGGGCAAAAAAGAAUGCAACGUAUAGAGUCACAGCCUCUGGAUAAAGAUCCCUAUGCGUCACUCAUGACUGCAGUGGAAAAAGACUGGGUGGUAAAGGUGCAAAUGUUGCAGUUGCAGAGUGAAAACCCCCAACGGGAUGACUACUAUUACCAGGAGUAUUAUCACAAGCUGGAGCAUAAGCAAGCAGAGAAAGGGCUUUUUGGAGGGUCCAGACCUGAGGUGCCCAAACUUGUCACACCAUAUAUCCAGAAAGUGGAGACAUAUGAAUCUGUGGUGCGGAUUCCAGGCUCUUUAGGCCAAGUGGCAGUGUCUACGUGCUACAGUCCCCGGAGGGCUAUUGAUGCUGUACACCACAUUUCACUGGAGCAGGCUGUAGGGAAUCAACGAUUGCAUGUGCUGUAUCAGAUUGAGAAGAUGUACCUGCAGCUACUGGCUAUGGAGGAUACUCGGCGGAAACUGGAUCUGGCACCUGAAGAGCAACACUCCCAUUUCUGUGAGAAAUUUGCGCAUGAGGUGGGGCGCAUAUAUCAAACUCUGAGAAUUGAAGAGCACAGCAGCGAAGAGGAAGCAAAAGAUGAGUUCCUGCAGAUUCUGCUAGUGGGAAAAGGGAAGAGAUUGGUAGCUCGUCUGCUGCCACACCUGUCGCAGGAGCAGGCCAAGCAAGUCCUUGUUGCAGUUGCACAGCACUUACCUUUUCUUAUUAAGAAGGACAUGCUAGAUGAGCAGACCCUGCCCAUUCUCUACAGUCCCCUCAGUGUUGUCAUUGAGCAGUUGACCUUCACGGAGCUGAUUGACGUUCUGCAGGAUCUCACUAGAAUGCAUCCAGAGUCGGUCAAGCAGUCUCUUGCAAUGAUAUUUGGCAACAAGUUUGCCAUCUCAUUUCUAUACCUACUGCUUAGCCAUGGUGAGAGAUGCCUGUCUUCUGGUAUGCCCUUGAAGCCCCACAAUGGAGAUUUUAAAAAAUGGGUAAAUACAGUGCUCCUUGUCGCUCGGGAGCUCUCUCAAGUGCCUAAGGCCUCAAUGGUGGAGCCACUUCAUCUCCCUACCAACCUCUUAUUUCUCUUCUGCCGUUAUGUGGACAAAGAUACAGUGAACUGCUUGGAUGUCAAGAUGGAGUGAUCUAUUCUGUUUUCAUUAAUUACCACAGUGCUUGGGACAUGCUCCAUGUCUGCCGUGUGAACUUGUGGAAGUGGUGUCCGUCUUCAUGAUGAGAGCUGAAUACAGCUAGACUACAGUGACUAUUUCAAAAUCGGAAGCUUAAUUUAACUAUACAACUUCUGUUCCUUUUUUGGUUUUGUUUGGAGUAUCUGGAUUUUUAAGUACUCUGUGCCAAUUUGUAGAUAUCUAAUUCUGGCACUGAAGCCCAUACCACACAAACUUACUCAGCCUGAAUGAGUUGGACAUAGGCUGGUCUUGUACAGUAAACAUUAGACAUGUCUGAUAUGAGGGGAACUUUUUUUUAUAGGGUCUUCUGUACAGCACUUAACUACAAUAAA